AUGGAUCAAGAUACAGCUAAAAAAUUACUAAUCGAUGGCGGCACGUUUGUUUUUCUCGGUGUGCCUCAAGAAACACAAUUUGGUAUCGAUAUGCAGUGUUGGAAUACUGACGACGAUUUUCGCGGGAUAAAAAUGAUUCCACCCGGUUUGCAUUAUAUUCACUACGCCGGUGUUAGCAAAGGUACAGGGGAUGUAUCACCGAGAUCUGGAUUUAUGCAUUAUUUUCAUAAAAAAGAAUUUCUCGUGAAGCUAUGGAAUAAAGAUUUGGAGGAUAUGAGUAAAGAUGAAGUUACAGAUGAGAGUAUACAGAGAUUGAAAGACAACUUAAUGAACCUUGAUAGGCAUUUGGCACCAUACCCAUAUGAAAUAUGGCAGAAAUGGAAGCUUUUGUCAUCGCAGAUAACAGAUGACCUUGCAAAAAAACUAUCACCUGAAAGUGGAAUGAUUAGAGCAUCUGUGGAAUUGCUCUCAACAACAGAUGAAGAUAGGCCAAGAGGAGUUAAAUCUGCAUCAAUUGACAGCAAUGUGAGUGGGUCGGAAAAUAACUCAGAAGAAUCUUCGACAUCUGGGCAGUCUGUUGCCAAAAGAUUUAAACGGAUAACUGCUGCUGAGAGAGAAGAUGCUAUGUUACCCAGUCUAAAGCCUGUUCCAGGUGCUUCAAUGAGAUUUACUGAGAUACCUCAUGAUAAAUAUCCACCAGGGUCAACACCUGAAGUGAUAACAAAGCAUUACUUAGACCAGUCUUAUACUUUAGAGUUGAUGAUAGCUCAACAAGAUGAACCGCUGCACAUAAUAGGUGAACUACAGUUCGCGUACCUAUGCUUCCUCAUUGGCCACUCCCUCGAAGCAUUUGAGCAUUGGAAGAAUCUAGUCAUCCUUUUGUGUUCUUGCGACGACGCCAUACACAAAUACCACACCGUGUUUUUCCAUUUCAUUCGCACAAUCGAGAUACAAAUUGAUGAAAUGCCAGAAGACUUCCUAGCAGACAUAGUCAUGAACAAGAAUUUAGUGUACAAGAAGUUAAGAGAGUUCUUUAAGACUGCGUAUUGGGAUUUCACAGGUUUGGAUAGUGAUGAAGAAGAUGAGAGACCGGUGAUAGUCAGAAUAGAUGGACCGGGUGACUGUUGA